AUGAAAGUCUUGGUUUUCUCGAUCUUUAGUCUUUCUGCGGCCUUGCCAGCAUCAGCUGGUACCCCCAAGUACGACGAGGACCUCGGCUGCUGGCCAAUCAGCGUCGAGCGUGACGCCACCUACUGCAUCGACGGGCCCGUCUGCAGCGGCGAAGGCUCGUCGCCUGCCGGAUCCUCGUGCCCUGUCAAAGGUGAUGUGGCGAUCGCCGACUGUGACUCGAAUGUCACUCGCGACAGUGUCGGCGACUACUGCGAGCUGUCAGUCGACACCGUCUGUGAGGUCAUUCACACGGGGGCCUGGGGAUGCGUCAUCCCAACAAACGACCACGCCGACUCUUCUAAACAUAACCGUCCGCACCACCGUAACUCGCGCGACCGUAACUCUGCACGACCGUAA